AUGGCAGAUUCCGAAUCCAGGUUCCGCGUUGUGAUUGUGGGCGGUUCAAUCGCCGGGCUUACACUCGCUCACUGUCUGCUUCGAAACAACAUAGACUUUAUUGUGCUAGAGUCCCAUGCGGAUAUUGCACCCCAGGUUGGUGCAUCUAUUGGUAUUCUUCCGAAUGGUGCCCGCAUCCUAGACCAACUAGGCCUUUACGAUGACGUUCUCAGUGAAGUUGAGCCUCUCACUAGAAACUUCACAUGGACCGAUGACGCCAAGCCCAUCACCGACACAGUUGCUCCCCUGAUUAUAUAUGAAAGACACGGUUAUCCGGUUGCGUUCCUUGAUCGCCAAAUUUUGCUCAGCAUUCUGUACGAGGGCCUCGGAGACAAAAGACAUCGUGUUCUGGUGAACAAGAAGGUGACUGAGAUAGAGCAUACCACUGAAAAGGUUAUGGUCCGUUGUGCGGAUCAAUCCGUCUAUGAGGGUGAUCUUGUUGUUGGAGCCGAUGGGGUACGGAGCACAGUGAGACGACAGAUGUGGCAGUAUAUGGAGUCUCGAGGAAUGGAGCAUGAAGCCCUGAAGGAGAAGAACUUGAUGACAUCCGAAUACAACUGUGUAUUCGGUAUAUCUUCAGCCACCCCUGGACUGAGACCGGGACACGGACAUAGAACCUUCGCGGGGGGCUAUUCCAUACUCACGAUUAUCGGCAAAGAAGGGCGCGUUUACUGGUUUUUCUUCACUAAAAUGGACCAAACUUACCCCGCAUCUCAAAUUCCAAGAUUCAGUCAAGAUGAGAUCGAUAGCCAUCUCGCCCCUUAUUUACAGAAGCCGAUCACCCCCGACGUACCGCUUUCUGAGAUCAAUAAAAGAGCAAUUGUCAGGACUUUUGUAUCCCUUGAAGAGGCUGUCUAUAAUCAUUGGUGUGUCGACCGAUAUGUUUGCAUUGGUGACUCAGCCCAUAAGAUGACACCAAACCUAGGCCAGGGAGGCAACAGUGCAAUUGAGAGCGCUGCGUCGCUUGCAAACAGCCUCUCUACUUUAGUUAACGGCCCUACCAAACCAACGACAGAUGUUCGGGAUAUCCAUGAGUGUCUGCAAGUAUGGCAGAACAUCCGCCAGAAACGGCUUGACCAUAUUUCGCAGUCAGCUUAUCACUUAACCAGAAUAGAGGCUCUAGCUGGUCUCAAGGAAAAGAUCAUCGGGCUUUAUCUUCUUCCAUAUCUUAGUCAAUACUUGGUCGACCAAACGUCCGCUACAAUUGUUGGAGCAGCAAAGAUUGACAGAAUACCUCUGCCACCAAAGUCACUAGCAUGCACCAUGCCGUACCUGGAUGAUGAAAGCAGUGUCUUCAAACAGGGUAAUGAGGUAUUGAAGCGUGCUAUUUCAACCGUCCCUUUUGCUUGCUGUUAUGCUGCUGCGCAAAAGACGAUGGGGACGUUGAUAACUCAAACUGUGCCCUUCAUGGUGUCUUUGUUUGCAGAGGGCGUAUGGUCUGCAACUAAUGGGGAGGUCCUCAACCUAAGCAAACCACUCUAUCAUAUGUCAUUCCUGGACAAGCUCUUUCUGCCUGCGAUUACGUGUUUCUUGCCUUCUAUCAGUGGAUCUGAUCCGCAAUCCCGCACUCAAAUGCUAUCAUUCAUGGCCGACAUUGGCCCCAUCUACGGAAUAUGGCUGUUGGAAAGUUAUCGCAAAGCACAUUCCUGGUAUGAGCUCAUACUCCCGAUAGGCGCGGGAAUCGCGUCCCAAUUGAAGGGCAUUGGAAAGUUUGCUCCAAUCUACUACGCAUUGGAGCAUAUUCGCUCACCUCUUUCAAGCCUCCUAUCGGGGGCAAAGCAUCAGAUAACGCAGGAGGCCUCGAGCUCUUUGCUGAUCGCCAUGCUAACGGGAUACUAUCUCCCCACAUUCGCAAACUUCGUAACUCCAACGGUUGAAUCGCGCCGCAACUACAAUGCCAUUUGGCAAUUGUUUCCUGUCGUCGUACCUCUGCUACAGGCUCCCUUGCAUCGUCUGGUCAAGAGAGCUUUCGGGAGUAAGAAGAAGCCACAACAGAAAGAAGAUCGUAAGGAGAAUAUGCGUUACGUCCGGUACGCAUAUGGCUCGUUCGCCUUGAUCUCUGGACUUACGUUUCUCCACGCUCGAUGCACUGCACCGGCUCAUACUUCGUUCACUAGUGCCUUUCUUCCUGGGUUGAGAGGCCACCUGGCGCCCGUCACCUCAUUCGCUGAUGGCAUUGCGAGGUUCCUCCAGUAUGAUGAAGUGAUAUCCAUGGCUAGUGGGUUUAUGUGGCUAGCGUUGAAGUUCAAAGAAUUGAAAGAUGCUGGUGCCUCGUUCUCUUGGUUGAAGGCUGUUGGGGGGCUGGUGGGGACUACAGUUACUCUUGGGCCUGGGGCCACCUUUGCGCUGGGUUGGGGCUGGAGAGAAGAGAUGAUGCAUAGACUGGUUCGUGAUAAACAGUGA